AUGCACACUGUGUUGAACAGCGUGAAUCUGUUAAGCGGGGUGGGAAUGCUAUCACUUCCGUACGCAAUGUCAUUAUGCGGAUGGGUGGUAGGAAUAUCGCUUCUCCUCUUCUUCCCAAUCCUCGCGUCAACAACGGCGAAACUGCUGAUUCAAUGCAUGGAGGUCCGGACCACGACUCUACCCGGCCCAGCAGGCGGCGCCGCGUCAUACACACCCAAGAAAUCCAUGUCCUACGGAGAUGCAGCUGAAACCGCGUUCGGGCCGCGGGCAAGACGAUUUAUCGAUGUCGUUUAUCAGCUUGAGCUGAUGGCAGCUUGCGUUGCGUUUGUGAUCCUCGCUUCGGAUUCCGUUCAUGCUUUAUACCCCGAUAUACCAUUGCUCGCCGUCAAAGUAGCUGUAGCGGCCGUCGUUCUCCUCACGACGUUCAUCAAAUCCGUUAAAGUACUCAGCUACGGGAGCGCCAUAGGCAUCCUCUGCACCAUCAACCUCCUUAUUAUCAUUCUGUUUGACGGAACCUCGACGUACGAAACCCCAGGGAGUCUAUGGAAUCCCGCGCAAACGGAAAUGUGGCCGCGGAGCUGGAACAGAGUCGCGUUGGCAAUCGGGAUGAUGUUUGUCGGGUUCGAUGGCCAUGCCGUAUUUCCGGCGAUCUAUCGGGACAUGAGGACACCCGAGAGCUUUGCCAAGUGUAUCAACCUUACCUACGUCGUUGUCACCGUGCUGUAUCUGACUGUGGCGGUCGCUGGGUACUUGAUGUUUGGGAACUCCAUUCUACCGGAGAUCACACAAAACCUUCCUCUGAUCCCAGGCUACAAUCCGGCAAGCACGAACUGGACGAUCUACCUGAUCGCUUUGAACCCAAUCGCCAAAUAUGCUCUAUGUCUCCGCCCAGUCCACACAUCCUUGGAAAUUCGCCUCGCAUCCAAGAAGCACGCUUCAACUAUUGACGAAGAGGAAGUCAUCCCACCAUCCCCACCACCGCCGUACUCAGAAUCCGUCACCCCGGCGGUCUCGUCUCCACCAACGCCGCCCUUCCUCCCUCGCACACAACCUCCAUACCGUCCCCCUCAACCACCAGUUUCGCCACAUACAUCUACGACCGCGUCGUAUUUCCACGCAAUCCUGAUCCGCUCAUCCCUUACGCUGAUCAUUCUCGCCAUCGCGAUCCUCUUCCCGCACUUCCACGACGUCAUGGCUACCUUGGGAUCCCUCUUCUCGGGCUUUGUCGCCGUGAUGUUUCCGUGUGCUGCUUUCGGGAAGUUGUAUUGGAGAGAUAGGGAGUUGCAUAGAGGGAUAAGAGUCACGGUUGUGGCUGGCUUGACGGUGGGUGUGAUUAUCAUUGUGGGUGGGCUUUCAGGUGUGGUGUGGGGACCUGGUUAG